AUGCAGUACAAGUCCACCCGCGGCAAAGCCAACAACUACACCUUCGAGCAGGCCGUCCUCGCCGGUCUCUCACCCGAUGGCGGUCUCUUCAUUCCCCAGUCGAUCCCCCAGGCACCCGCCGACUUUUUGACAAAGUGGGCCUCCUUAUCUUUCCAGGAGUUGGCCCUCGAGGUCCUCUCGCUCUAUAUCGACCAGACCGAGAUCCCAAGACAGGACCUCAAGGAGCUAGUCGACCGCUCUUACUCGACUUUCCGCCACAAGGACAUCACACCCCUGCACCAGGUCAAGGACGGUCUCUAUAUCCUCGAGCUCUUCCAUGGACCUACUUUUGCCUUUAAGGACGUUGCCCUCCAGUUUGUCGGUAACUUGUUCGAGUACUUCUUGAAGCGCAAGAACGCUGGUAUUGAGAACAAGGCUGAUCGCCACAAGAUCACUGUCGUUGGUGCCACCAGCGGUGACACUGGAAGUGCUGCUAUCUAUGGACUCCGCAACAAGCAGGAUCUCGACGUCUUCAUCCUCUUCCCCACAGGAAGAGUCAGUCCCAUCCAGGAGGCUCAGAUGACCACCGUCCUCGACGCCAACGUCCACAACGUCUCCGUCAAGGGCACUUUCGACGACUGCCAGGACAUUGUCAAGGGUCUCUUUGCCAACAAGGACUUUAUGAGCAAGUACAACCUCGGUGCCGUCAACUCCAUCAACUGGGCCCGCAUCCUCGCCCAGACCGUCUACUACUUCCACUCUUACUUCUCUCUCCUUCGCUCACUCAACAUCACACCCGGAUCAGAGGAGGCAAAGAAGAUUCACAUCACCUACUCGGUCCCCACCGGCAACUUUGGCGACAUCCUCGCCGGAUACUAUGCUCACCAGAUGGGUCUCCCUACCGCCAAGCUCCUGGUCGCCACCAACGCCAACGACAUUCUCUACCGCUUCUUCUGCUCCGGUGUUUGCGAAAAGAACGUGGGCGAGGACGGUGGUGUCCAUGAGACUCUCAGCCCUGCUAUGGAUAUUGUUGUCAGCUCCAACUUUGAGCGUCUGCUCUUCUAUCUCGCUCGCGAUGCGGCUGUCGACGCCCAAGUGCCCGAGUCGGAGAAGGACGUCAAGGCUGGAGAGAUUGUCAACAGCUGGAUGGUCGACUUGAAGCAGAAGGGUCGCUUCGACACUGGUGCCCAGGUUCUUGCCGAGGCCAAGAGAAUCUUUGACGCCGGCCACGUUUCUGAUCAGGAGACCUGUGAUACCAUCCGCUCUUACAUCCACCCCGAGAACUCGUCUCAAGCUCCCUAUGUCAUGGACCCUCACACUGCCGUCGGUGUCAAGGCCGCCGAGACCGCCAUCCCCAAGAUCGAUUCCCAGAACAUUGUCAUCUCACUCUCAACAGCUCACCCUGCAAAGUUUUCAGAUGCUGUCGAGAGGGCAUUAAAGGACCAGGAGGGCGUCGUGUUCGAGGAGGUCUUCAAGGCUGUCUUGCCCAAGGAGUUUGAUGGUUUGAUGACUGCCGAGCGCAGAGUCACUCACAUCCCAAGGGCUGAUGAGGCCUUGGUCAUUGAGGUCAUUGACAAGGAACUUUCCAAGUAA